UGAUUCCUCUUUACCGAUGUGGACGAUCUUUGUUAAAUCAUGGCGGCGUCCAUGUGAAUGUUCUGCGGUGUUAAUUCAUUGAAAAUUCCACAUGGAAGUAAUAUUCCCUUGGGACUGUUCCUCUCGGUAGGGAUCGACACUUUACCUGGUUAGCGUUUUAGCUAGCCUCCCGGCAGCUUGACAAUCACGAUGGAUCCCGAUACACAACUGAGAAAUCUACGGGAUUUCCUGCUGGUUUAUAACCGUAUGACUGAAAUUUGCUUCCAACGAUGCAGCAGCAACUUUAACUACAGAACUCUAACCAUGGACGAGGAGCGCUGUGUGGACAGCUGCGCUGGGAAGCUGAUUCGGACGAACCACCGCCUGAUGGCCACCUACAUGCAGCUGAUGCCUCGGAUGAUGCAGCGGAGAAUGGAGGAGAUGGAAAGCAAGGCAGCCGCAAAUGUGUCCGUCGCACCUGUUACCCCAGAAGCGACAGGAGCCGUCACCUCAUCUCCAUCCCCGCCAGUGCCUCCCGUCUUACCUCUUGCCGCGGCUGAUUUCACACCCACUCAGACGGCUGCUGUUCCUGCUCAGACAGCUGAACAGUCUGCAGCAUCUCCUGCCAAAUCAGGUUCAGGUGAAGUCCACCAUCUCAAAGCUCAGUCUUAAAGCCACAAACAGGAUUAAACAUUCCCUUUGACCUGGAAGUUGCUGCCAGAGAGAGGUCAUUCUGGGCUGUCAGACCGCGUUCGGCUCUGCGAUGGACCGUUUUACACAGAAGACAUUCUACAAAUUGAUGCUGUCAGCUGUGCCCCUGUGUCUGUUCAGCCCGUAUUCACAUCCUGAAAACCACUUUUCUUAUCAGAGGUUGUGUCGUUAUCAACAGUUUCUGUCAG